AUGGCUCAUCACGCUGAUUACUCCGAUUUCAGCGCAAACACCACCAAACAGGAGCUCCUGCAACAGGUGAUCGACUCGUACCAGGCGUUGAGCGAGGGCCAAACCAAUUGGGUGUGCAAUCUUGCCAACUGCAGCUCGUUGGUGUGGCACUGUUACAACGAAGGACUCGCCAAGAAGGUCAACUGGGCCGGGUUCUAUGUGGUGGACCCUGCAGACAACAAACAGCUGAUUCUCGGACCUUUUAUGGGGAAGGUUGCGUGCCAGACAAUCAAAAUCGGACAAGGAGUGUGUGGUGCUGCGGCGGCCUCGAAACAGACACAGCUUGUUCCUGACGUGGAGAAAUUCCCAGGCCAUAUUGCCUGCGACGGCGAAACAAAAAGCGAGAUCGUGGUGCCCAUUGUGCAUGACGACAAGCUCGUUGGUGUUCUGGACAUUGACUGUUUGGAACUCAAUGGGUUCGACACGGCCGACCAACAAAACCUCGAGGCCCUGUGCAAGCUGAUUAGCGAAUCGUCCAAAUGGUGA